CGCGGACGGGAACAAGGAAUUCUACCGGCAGCUGCAGCAGCAGAGUGAGGCCCAGCCCGGCCCAGGCGACCCCGACCCCUUCACCUACGUGGACCCGGCUGACGGAGCCGCCUACGAGUGGGACUGGGAGAAGAAGGCCUGGUUCCCCAAGAUAACAGAGGAUUUCCUGGCAACAUAUCAUGCCAGCUACGGCUUCCACACAGAUGAUGCAGACAGUUCCUCUGCUGCAGGCACAGCAACUGAAAUUAAGCAGCCUGUAAGUUCCAAUGCAGCAGGAGCACACCCAGCAGCAGAUGAGAAAGGACCACAAAAACCAGAUCCCAAACAAAAAGCAGAAAAACAGAAGAUUGAGCCAGGUUGGUUUCAUGUUGAAGACGACAGAAACACAAAUGUUUAUGUGACUGGUUUGCCUCCAGACAUUACGAAAGAUGAAUUUGUCCAAGUUAUGUCAAAGUGUGGUAUCAUUAUGCAAGAUCCACAGACAGAAGAACACAAAAUCAAACUGUACAAAGAUAAGGAAGGAAAUCUGAAAGGAGAUGGGCUCUGUUGCUAUCUAAAGAGAGAAUCGGUUCAACUUGCUUUGAGCCUUCUGGAUGAGGCAGAAAUUCGAGGCUAUAAACUGCAUGUUGAAGUUGCAAAGUUUCAACUGAAGGGGGAGUAUGAUGCCAGCAAGAAGAAGAAGAAAUGUAAAGACUACAAGAAGAAAUUUUCUGAGCAGCAGAAACAGCUGGAUUGGAGGCCUGAGAAGAAAGAUGAAACUCGAAUGCGACACGAACGCAUUAUUAUUAUCAGGAAUAUGUUUCACCCAAAGAAGGACUUUGAGGAGGAUCCCUUGGUGCUCAAUGAGAUCAGAGAAGAUCUGCAGACAGAGUGUGAGAAGUUUGGUCAAGUAAAGAAGGUUCUUAUAUUUGAUCGACACCCUGAUGGCAUGGCUUCGGUGUCAUUUAAAGAAGCAACAGAGGCUGAUGUCUGCAAGCUGACUCUGAAUGUAAGGUGGUUUGGUGGACGUCAGCUCAGUGCUGAAACCUGGGAUGGUGUAACGGAUUAUCAGGUGGGGGAGACUGCAAGAGAAAGGGAAGAAAGGCUGAAGGUGUGGGGAUCGUUUCUAGAGGAUCCUGAUGGAAAGGAGCAGCAACCUGCAUCUGAUUCAGAUUCAGCAGCAAGCAGUGUCAAACUGCCUGAAAGCAGGAAACCCUCACAGGUUAAUGACACAUCUAAGGAGGAUGGAAAUGAGGCCAAUGAGAGGGAGAAUAAUGGUGAGGGCAUUAAUGAAGAUGGUGCUCCAUCCACAGACAGCAGCCUUGCAGGCAGUGAUGGUGAAGCUGACACAUAA